GCUCCGCGCGGGCGGGGCGGGCGGGGCGGGGCGGGCCGCAGGACACAUAUAGCGCGGCGGCGGCGCGGCGCACUUCCUUUUCCUGCGCAGCCGCCGGGCCGCGAGGAGCGAGGCCUCUCCGCUCCGCGCCAUGGCGUGUGCCCGUCCGCUCAUAUCCGUGUACUCGGAGAAGGGGGAGUCGUCGGGCAGGAACGUCAGCCUGCCCACCGUGUUCAAGGCGCCCAUCCGGCCCGACAUCGUCAACUUCGUCCACACCAACCUGCGCAAGAACAACCGGCAGCCCUACGCCGUCAGCGAGCUGGCAGGGCACCAGACCAGCGCCGAGUCGUGGGGCACCGGCAGGGCCGUGGCCCGCAUCCCCCGCGUCCGAGGCGGCGGGACCCACCGCUCGGGCCAGGGCGCCUUUGGGAACAUGUGCCGCGGGGGCCGCAUGUUCGCGCCCACCAAGACCUGGCGCCGCUGGCACCGCAGGGUGAACACCACGCAGAAGCGCUACGCCGUCUGCUCCGCCCUGGCGGCCUCCGCCCUGCCGGCCCUCGUCAUGUCCAAAGGCCACCGCAUCGAGGAGGUUCCGGAACUUCCCCUGGUGGUUGAAGAUAAGGUGGAGAGCUACAAGAAGACCAAGGAGGCCGUUUUGCUUCUGAAGAAACUGAAGGCCUGGAACGACAUCAAAAAGGUCUACGCCUCUCAGCGCAUGCGCGCGGGCAAAGGGAAGAUGAGGAACCGGCGCCGCGUCCAGCGCAGGGGGCCCUGCAUCAUCUACAACGAGGACAACGGCAUCAUCAAGGCCUUCAGGAACAUCCCCGGAAUCACUCUGCUUAAUGUGAGCAAACUCAACAUUCUGAAGCUCGCCCCCGGUGGGCACGUGGGGCGCUUCUGCAUUUGGACUGAAAGCGCUUUCCGCAAGCUAGACGAGCUGUACGGAACGUGGCGGAAGUCUGCCUCCCUCAAGAGUCACUACAAUCUGCCCAUGCACAAGAUGCUCAACACGGACCUCAGCCGGAUCCUGAAGAGCCCAGAGAUCCAGAGAGCCCUUCGAGCACCACGCAAGAAGAUUCACCGCAGAGUCCUGAAGAAGAAUCCUCUGAAGAACCUGAGGAUCAUGUUGAAACUGAACCCGUACGCCAAGACCAUGCGCAGGAACACCAUCCUGCGCCAGGCCAAGAACCACAAGGUUCGGGUGGCUAAAAUGGCCGCAGCUCUGGAAGCCCGAUCGGGCGGCAAGGCCGGCUCCGACAAGAAGCCUGCGCCGAAGAAGGCGGCGGCCAAAGCCGCGGGGACGAAGGCAGCAGCCCAGAAGCCGGCGGUGGGGAAGCCGCCGAAGCAGCCGGCCGCCGACAAGCAGCCGCCCGCCAAGUGAAGGCCCGCACUGCGGCGCGCGUGUGGACAGCUCGCUCCCUUGAAUAAAGGCCCCUGCCCGAC